AUGUCUUGGUACAGCCUUUUGAUCUUCAUGCUUCUCCUCCUCCUCCAACCCUCCACCCAAACUCUGACACGAACUUCUCCAAGAAACCACCAGCUCCAUCGCCAGCUACAUGACUCCAAGUUCGGUUCUUGUGAUUCUUUCUCUGGCGCACAGCAACGUUCUUUGUGUUUUCAGCUUGAAAGAAUCCACAAAUUGCAACCUGUCUUGCCAUCAUUGCCACCACCAUCCCAAGUCAAUGAAAUUGAUCCAAGAUAUGGUGUGGAGAAGAGACUUGUCCCCUCAGGGCCCAACCCUCUUCACAACUGAAGAGCUUAACUCAUUACGUCUCUGAAUUACCCACCAUUCUGUCCAUACACACCGUCUUUUCUAUCUAGUACCUAUAUUUUAGCCAAGAUUUUGCUUUCUUUGCAAUUCUUGUUACCUUUCAUGCAUGGAGUUUAUAUACAGCCAGCCCUUCUCAAAUUUUAUUAGUAUUAGACAUUAGCUAAUUUCUUGUUCUGUUUUUUACACUGUUUCUUUAACGACGAUUGCUAUUUCCAUACUUGUUUUUGUAGUUCUAUCCUAUAACUUUUGGUGACGAAAAGAGACAGUACUGAAGGCAGCAAAAACAAGCAAGGAAUUGGCGUACCGUCGCUGUUUCUUAAUCACUAUAGUCUAUGGUUCAAAGGAGGAAGAAGGAUCCCAGAAGUGGUGGGGGAGUUGAAUUUCAAGAGAAACCCAUGAGUUUCAUUAAUAGACUUUCGAACCGUGAAGGGAGAGAUAUUUUUAGCGUUUUGCAUUAAAUAUGUUGAUGUAGCCUUGUGUUGAAAAACAGGCAACGGGGUUGAAUCUAUGACCAUAUAUGCUAUAAAUUUUUCUUGUGAAAGUUUGCUUUUUUUAC